GGUUGGGGCUGUUAAACAAGAAAGGGUGUCAGUGGUCUUGGUGUAAUAAGAGAGAGGCUAAUGAUAGAAUAUAUAGCAACAUUGACUGGGCACUAGGGAACUACUCUUGGUUCCUGCAAUAUGGAUAUAUUGAGGCAGUAUAUGAUAAUUAUGGGGUUUCAGACCACUCUCCCAUAGUUCUAUGCACUGAUGCAGCAAGGAACCACCUACCAAAACCAUUCAGAUUGCUAAAUGUAAUCCUACAGGAGAAAGAGUUUCAGAAGACAGUGCAGAUAGUGUGGGGUCACAGGGUAGAUGGAUACACAAUGUAUUCAAUCUGGAGAAAAUUGAAAAUGCUGGGAAACAAGGUGAAAGAACCGAACAAAACAUAUAACUCUGUAGGUGACAAGGUGAAUAAAUUGGAGGAAAGACUAUCAGAUAUCCAACAGAAGCUAGAUAAGGAUUUAUUCAAUGAAUCCUUGAUAAGAGCAGAAAAAGAAGUUCUGCUACAGUUGGAGAAAUGGCAAAAUGUGCAGGAAAAAGUGUAUAGACAGAAGUCAAGGGCAAUAUGGAUCACAGCAGGUGAUUCAAAUACAAAAUUCUUUCAUGGACACUUGAAAGCAAGACAGGCUAAAAACAGAAUAUCAACUAUUUACAAAGAAGAUGGGCUGAAGUUGACUGAUCCUGUACUGGUAGAGAAAGAAUUCACUAGUUUCUUUGAGAAGUUACUGGGAACAAAGGCAGCUGAACUACCUUGCCUUGAU